GUAGCUAGGGAAUCUAUUUGUCCGAUGUGAGCUAGCUAGCUAGUAUGCUACUUAGGUAACGUUAGCUACUGAAGCGUUGCUCAAAUUGUUUUGCUAAUACCGGUAACGUUAGGUGCCGCUAGCUAAAUAGCUUAGGUUAAUUGAUAUACACCUUUAUGGGGUUAGUGUUCCUACACAGCCAUAUCUCCAUGUUGCGCUUGUUUACGGAAAAUAUGAGGCGACCACCUCUGCUAAUUAGCUAUCUAGCAGGCUCCAAACACCCGUGUGCAAGUUUGACUUGGGAAGUUUAGUUUCGUUGGCUGGGGGCACCCAUAGCUGUAUGGACCUGUGAAAAACUACUAGAGGGUAACCAACCCAUCUUCUGGAAAGCUACUGAGUGUGCUGGUUUUCACACUAGCCCUACCUGAACUCACUGGAUUUAGCCAAUCCUGACCUCAAGUCAAGAUGGAUGACAUCAACCUACACUACAGGUUCCUGAACUGGCGGAGGAGGAUCAGAGACGUGCGUGCUGUACACUUUCAGGAGCGCUACAAAAGAAUGCUGAAGAAUGGAGACACACUCAGCUAUCAAGGGAACUCUGAUGAGGUUGGCUGCUAUGUGGCUCCCCGUCCCUUAUCAAAGGGAAACUGCUACUUUGAGGUGACCAUAAUGGACACAGGGGUGAGAGGGACAAUAGCAGUAGGCCUGGUGCCACAGUUCUACAAGCUGGACCAUCAGCCAGGCUGGCUGCCACAGUCUGUAGCCUACCACGCUGAUGACGGCAAGCUGUACGAUGGGAACCCUGUGGGCCAGCAGUUUGGGCCCAAAUGCAACCGUGGUGACAGGAUUGGCUGUGGAAUAUACUGUGAUACCAUCGAGGCUGGGUUGACCACGGUCUUUUUCACCAAAAAUGGCAAAGAGGUGGGCUCGUUGGUGUUCCCUGCAGCGGCGGAGGGCCUGUUCCCAGCAAUCGGGAUGCACUCUCUGGGAGAGGAAGUGAGGCUGGACCUCCAGGCAGAGUGGGACAUGGAGGAGGCCGACAGCAUCAUGAUGGUGGACAGCCACGAGGACGACUGGGGACGUCUCUAUGACAUCAGGGUCACUGGCACGCAGCUCCUGGAGUACGUUGGGAAGGGGAAGAGCAUCCUGGACGUGGGUCUGGCCCAGGCCAGGCAGCCCCUCAGCACACGCUGCCACUACUUUGAGGUGGAGAUAGUGGACGCUGGAGAGAAGUGCUACAUCGCCCUGGGCCUGGCCAGAAGGGACUACCCCAAGAACAGACACCCGGGCUGGAGCCAAGGCUCAGUGGCUUAUCACGCAGAUGACGGGAAGAUCUUCCAUGGUAGUGGGGUUGGGGAGCCGUUUGGUCCUCGCUGUAUCGAGGGUGACAUCAUGGGCUGUGGCAUCAUGUUCCCACGGGACUACAUAUUGGAUGGUGAAGAUGACAUAGAUGAGUGGGACCCGUUGGAGGUGCUGCCAAGGCAGGGCGAGGGGCGCAUCCAGAACAUUCUGUACCUGAAUGAUGAGGAGGAGGAGGAGGAAGAGGGGGGCGAACUGGACCAGGAGCAUGACGGCAGGAAGGUCAUGGUGUUCUUCACACGGAACGGGAAGCUGAUGGGUCGCCGUGAGGUGGUGGUGCCCCCAGGGGGGUUCUACCCCACCGUGGGGAUGCUGAGCAGCGGAGAAAAGGUCAAGGUAGACCUGCACCCCCUCAGUGGAUGAACCUGACCAGCCUGCAUCCUCUUAGUGGAUGAGUCCAGAAACCGAACACUGCACCCUGUCAUCGCCUGACCAAUGACCACAUCAAGCCUUACUGGGGAUCAGCGUAGUGAAACUAGGGCAGGGAUUCAUUCCAUGGCGUUCUAUAACUGACUUUUAAAGGUAUUUUAUGCUUGAGCGUUUACCAUUUAUUUGAUCUCUGCAAAUGUCUGGGAAAAUGCUGUUAAAAGGCAUAUUGUGGGCUGUAUAGGGUGCUACCCUGUAACACAACUUGAAUAGAAUCCCAGCCUUAGUCACAACCAUCAGGACUCACUGUGGCAAAAAUAUAUAUAUAUACACUGAUGCAGUGAAAUGUGUUGUUUUACAGCGUCAGCAAUAGUAGUUUGGCAAAUUAGGGUGAAGUGCCUUGCUCAAGGGAACAUAGAUUUUUUUUUUUUCACAUUGUUGUCUCGGGUAUUCGAGCCAGCGACUCCUAAAACUACCAUCAGGACUGACUGUGGCAACAAUACCAUCAGGAUUCACUGUGGCAACACUACCAUCAGGAUUCACUGUGGCUAAACUACCAUCAGGACUCACUGUGGCUAAACUAAAGGCUUAGCCUGAGACCGAGUUGUUGAAUAAUUCUGUGCAAUUUGUUGUUUUAUCAUUUUUCAUCAAGCCACAUUUUUUUCCCCCUGUCAAAGCAAAUAGUCAGCCCUGCCUGGUCCUGGGCUCUGAAACAGUGGAGCCCCUAAAAUGUCUCUCAUGAGGUCUACUGGCACACUUUGUUGAUUUCAUUUGUCAUGGCCCCAAACAUAGCAAUGCAUGUCCAACAGAGUCCGAGAGCCUGCUGGCAGUUCAUGUUAUAGGCACUAGUGAGUGAGUAGUGCUCUCCUGUGAGCACUGAAAGUUGCUUCCCAAAUGGCACUCUAUCCCUAAUAUAGUGCACUACUUUUGACUAGUGCCCUAUUUGCCAUGGACAAAAAAUUAUGCACUACAUAGGGAAUAGGGUGACAUUUGGGACGCCGGUAGAUUCUGUGUGUGAUUGAGUGAGUAGUACCCUCCUGUGAGUGCUCACUAACCUGCCUCCUGGAGCUGAGCUGAGCUUGAUAGGCCCCAGAUCUGUUAGUGCUUUAUAGCCAACUCUUAUGGUCAUUGUCAUGCCAAACACAGAUUUGGGACCAGGCUUGAGCUGUGCUAGUUGGGAGUAAAAACGAUAUUCUCCAUAUCACAUGGAUGGCAUCCUGGUAUCAAGUAACCCCUUAUCAAAGACUGGAAAUUAUGUUAAUGUGUGAAUAUACACAACAUGGUAUGUGGACAAAAGUAUAUGGACAGCCGUUGAAAUGAGUGGAUUUGACUAUUUCAGCCAGAACCGUUGCUGACAGGUGUAUACAAUCGAGCACACAAUUGAGCCUGCUUCCAACUUUGUGGCAACAGUUUGGG